ACAAAACAAAAAACCUUCGGAACUUGCCUUCAUUUUCCUCGUUCCAUCAAAACCCUAGUUCCUCCUGCUGCUUGUUUCUCCUCUCUCUCUCUCCGAUCUCAGACGAAGAAAAGAUCCGGCGAAGAUGUCGAGUGCUUUGGACAUGUCACUUGACGAUAUCAUCAAGACUAACCGGAAAUCCACCGGAUCCCGCGGCGGCCGCGGCGGCGGCGGCCGUGGAUCUGGUGGUCCUGAUCUCUCUGGCCGCUUCUCCAACCGCAUCGGGAACCGAGCGGCGCCGUACUCAAGGCCGGUACAAUCUCCAGAUUUGGCUUGGCAGCACGACAUGUUCGCGGCCGACACGGCGGGGGUGGCGGCGGGUUUCGGUGGUCAUCCCGCGGGCGGUGCCUCAUCAAUUGAGACUGGAACUAAGCUUUACAUUUCGAAUUUAGAGUACGGAGUUUCCAACGAAGAUAUUAAGGAGCUUUUCUCAGAGGUUGGCGACCUUAAACGAUAUGGCAUUCAUUACGAUAGGAGUGGGAGAUCGAAGGGCACGGCUGAAGUCGUCUUCUCCAGGCGAGCUGAUGCCAUGGCUGCUGUAAAGAGGUACAACAAUGUUCAACUGGAUGGCAAGCCUAUGAAUAUUGAGAUAGUGGGGACAAAUCUUUCGGCUCCUGCCCCACCUCCUUUGCCUGCAAAUGUGAUGUUUGGAAACUUGAAUGGUGCUCCCAGAAGAGGCAGGGGAAGAGGUGGUUUCAUGGGACGGCCACGAGGUGGUGGUGGUGGUAUUGGUGGUGGCAGGGGAGGUCGUGGGAGAGGUCGAGGGCGUAAUGAGAAGAUAUCAGCAGAGGAUCUUGAUGCUGAAUUGGAUAACUACCACAAAGAGGCCAUGGAAACUGAAGGGGGAAUCUAAAGCCCACUUCCAAUUUGAGCAAAAUGGUAUUUGCAUUCCCAUGAUAUAUGUGCCUUCGAUGUAAACUGGGUUAUGAUCUUUUAGGGUUGAAUUCCAAUCUCAUUUUGGCUUUGGUAUUAGGGAUAUUUGAGGGUUGAGUUAGAGAAGAAAACAUUUAUGUGUGAUUACCUUACACUUGUGAUAUGUCUAAAAAUCUCUUAUCGUGUA